UUUUAAAUUACAAUCAAUUUCCGUCUUCGUUCAAAUAUAUCUACAUCGUGAGUAUCUUCUGCGAAUUUUGGUACAUUUGUGUGAAAUUUUAGCCAUGUAUUGAGAUAAUCGCUUUCAUGAUUUGAAAAGGUUUUAAAUCUACAUUUCAGUCCAUCUGUCCGUUGUCCUUUCCGAGAUUUUACCAUGUAGUGGAAUCAUCGCUUUGAAGAUUUGAGAAGUAAUUCGCACUGUCUAAUGCCAUGGCUUCUAACGAGCUGGAAGAAAACGCAAAUUUUAUAAGACUCAGUAAACUUUUAGUUGACAAAGGAACUGAGGCUUUGAGAAAUACAUUUGACGCCAUCCAUCCAGCUGUUAGUUUACCCAGAGUUCUGGCAGCAAACAAAACAUCUCUUCAAAAGUUAAAACCUCGAGUUAUUAAUAAUUCCCAGUGGGAUUUACUGUUUCCUCCGUCUGGCAACCCGCCAGAUUCCAAAACCUUUGAUAUCACAUUACUUACAGUUCUAUUCCGGAACAUUUGUGGUUUUCCAUCAACAGGAUGGGAUGUAAUGCCUCCGGAUACUGAUAGAUCAACGCAGGCGAAUAUCACAAGAAUCAAGUGUUACAGAAAUGAUGUUUUUGCACAUGUACCAUCCACUAGAGUUCACAAUUCAACAUUUGAGUCUUUAUGGAAGAAAAUUGCGCAGGCGAUAGUAGAAUUGGGCGUUUCACAGAGUGAUGUCGAUGAUUUAAAAAAAUGUCCUCUUGGGCCUGAAGAAGAAGUGUAUGUGCAAAAGCUUAAAGAUUGGAAACUGCACGAAGAUGAGUGUAUUAAAAUGCUUGCAACAAUGACACAAAUCGUUGAAGAAACCCGCGACGGAGUAAAUCUACUAUGCCAGUUUUUGUUGAAGAAAAGUGAGAAUGAGAUCCCGCAAACUUCCCUCAAGGGCACGCUAUCAAUACCCGAGGAUGCCAAUACUGAAAAAGAAUUCUGCAAGGAGAGUGGUGAAGAUGUAUUACGAAAACUUGCCAAACAUAAUUUCAAGAGUAAAAUUCGAAGAAAAGUUAAAUUUUUCCUACCUGGAACGAGAGAGUGGUUGUUAAAAGAAGUUGACGAGUGGUUUUGUAGCAGUGAUAGUGAUUCAAGAAUAAAGUUAAUAACCGCUGGACCAGGAUUUGGUAAAAGCGUGUUUGCCGCUAAAAUCUGUGAAGAUUUUGAGAAGAAUGGAAAGCUGGCUGCUUGUCACUUUUGUGAUUUCAGUGAUUCAAACCUAAGAGAUCCUAUGGUGAUGCUGCAGUCUCUCGCAAGUCAGAUGUGUAAGAGCGUCCCUGGCUUUAAAAAUGAGCUCCUUGAUCAGUUAAAGCGACCUCAUCAAGUCAAAAACCUCAGAGAUGGUUUUCGAAUAUAUUUACAAAAUCCAUUGGAUCAAUUGGAAAUAAAAGAGCAACGUUUAGUCGUGAUCGAUGGCUUGGAUGAAAGUGCUGCUGAUAAUAAAAAUGAAAUUACUCAUUUGAUUGCUGAAUAUUUUCCUGAUCUUCCCGAGAAAAUCAAAAUCUUGGUGACGAGCAGGCCAGAGAUUUCCGUUGCUGAUCUAAGACUAAGAGACGACCAAAAGACGAACAUUGCGAAUGUUAACGCCAACAAUAACUCAGAUCUUGAACUUUAUUUUAAAGAAUGUCUUCCAAGUUUAGUUGGCAGGGAAGUUAAUCAAAGUGAAGUGACCCGUGAUUUGUAUGAGAAUCCAUAUCUUCAAUUUUUUUUGCAAAAUAAAACUAUUUGUUUACUUUCCAUUUUUGUUGCCAAAUGCCAGGGCUCAUUUCUCUAUGCAUAUCACUUUCAGUCUGGGCUAAAAGCUCGCUAUGAUCUUGAGAAGAUAACAAAUAAUGACGUCAUGGAGUUUCUCCCAGAAGGACUGCAUUCUGUUUACGAACGAUAUUUUAAACGCCUUGAAGACGAGCUUAGCGACAUAAAACAUGAAAAGUUUGAUGUGUUCAAAAUUUUGGAAAUGCUGCCUGCUUCCGAAAAAUAUCUUCCCCUCACUUUCGUCGCUCAGGCUUUUGGUUUAGCUCCAGAUUGUCGCGAAACGAAAGACAUCAUCAACAAAAUUAAUGAUGCCGUAUCGUGCUUGUUGUAUGUUUCAGAUGACAUGUUAACCGUUUUUCACAAGUCUGUUAUCGAUUGGCUUCUAGCAAAGGGCUAUAAAGAUCACCAGUAUACUGUCAAGGUUGAUGAUGGACAUAGAUCGCUUUGGCUUUUAUGCGAGAAAAUUUUUGAAGAAAUUGAAGAUGUACCUGCUCGCUCAGGACUUGAGUUGUACUUUACUAAUGACGUGGAAUACGCUCUGAAACAUGGUUUAAAACAUCUAGAAAAGUGUAAAAUAGAGGAAGGCAAAAUCUUGAAGAAAGCCGAGUUGGCACUGUUACGAGAAAGAAUUGCUUGGACGCGUAAACAACUAAGCGGAGUGGAUGACAACAUCGCUACUCUUACAGAAGAACUUUGGUUAACUUUUGAAGAAAAACAUUUUGCUGUUGCAAAAAGAAUGAUAGAUGCUUCUUUUACGCGUACCUUUAAUAAAGCUCGCUCAACACAGAUCGCCAAAUACACAAGAUUGACGUCCGAAAGAUCAAAAGAUAAAAGAAGACAAGAAGAUUUGGCUGUUGACACUCUAAGACGCACUGUUGUUAACCAAAGUGCGCGAAAACUUAUGCCGGUUGAAGAAGAAGUCUUGGCAUUGGGUUUAAAUUUCGCUGUUGUACCACACAAGAUUCCUAAAGAAGAAAUCGUUCAACAUCUGGAACCAAAGUUGAAUCAUCUCAGAGAUGAUAUAGCAUCCAACAUUCGUGUUAAAGUAACUGAGGUCUUGCGACGUACAACUUUACCCAAGUCUAAUCUUUCCAAGGAGCAGAAGGAUGCAGUGAGGAACCUAAGGGCAGAUAAGUCUAUACAUAUUUUAAAGGCUGAUAAGGGUAAUGCUACGGUUUUAUUAAAUCGUGCAGAGUACGAAAGUAAAAUCCAUGCUCUUCUUGAAACUCCAACAUAUAAAGAGCUAAAACGUGAUCCUACAGCCAAUAUUGAACGUAAAGUAUGUUCUAAACUAUCUGAACUUAGGAAAUCAGGUAUUUGUCUCAAAACCUUCAUGAUUAUUUGA